CCAAAUUUCCUUGAUAUUUUUGGAUAUGCUGAACGUAUACAGAAUGUACAGUGAGCUUGUGUCAGCCAGCAUUACUGAUGGGGGCCCAUAUGCGUCCAAGACAUCUUUUGUAAAACUUUUAAGAUCUGUUAAGAGGGAAACCCUUAAGCUGAUAGAAACCUUCUUAGACAAAGCCGAAGACCAACUGCACAUAGGGAAACAAUUUGUGUCUCCAAUGAUGGAGUAUGUACUUGCUGACUAUGCGAGGAAUGUGCCUGAUGCUAGGGAAUCAGAAGUUCUUUCACUUUUUGCAACGAUUAUAAACAAGUACAAGGCAACAAUGUUAGAUGACGUGCCAAACAUAUUUGAAGCUGUUUUCCAGUGUACAUUGGAGGUAAUAGAAUUUAGGGACCUUGUUCUUUGUUACUCACACUACAUCUGUUGAUAUAAACGAGGAGACUUGGCACUUUCACUAUGGUGAA